AUGGCGCACCACAGCCAUGCCGACCAAGAGCUCGAGCAGCGCAACAGGCUCCCCACUUUGAUGGAAGUACUGGGAAGAAGGACACUGGCACCAGUUGACCUGUUUUCAUUCUAUAUUUACAUGCGCGAUCAACAGCGCUCAGUCGACUAUCUUGACUUCUGGCUCGAUGUAUCCCAGCACAUGUCCCUUUGCCGACACUAUGUCCGAGAACUACGACGAUCAAUGCUCGUCGAUACGCCCGAGAUGGAAAAAGCUACGAGUAAGAGGUCGUCGAAUUUCUUCGAGUCGUUUGAUAUUGGUGAGGGUAUGGACACACGAAAGAGCGGACAGGAGUCAAGAGUGUCCGCUAUCCUGAGGUCAGAUAAUGGAGGGCGCAAGAAGCCCAGUAGCAGAGACGGCGGCAACGGCAUGGAACGUUCACCAUCCCAUAGUUUGGGAUCUGCACAUUCGAGGAACUAUAGCCGCCCGUCUCCAGGAUCGGAAAGACCGUCUCCAGGAUCCGAACUGCUGCCCCAGCCGACUUACUCGACGCCCGAAGUGCGAACUGACUCGAAUUCCCCGGGCCACAGUGUUGCUAGAGCUGAUAUCAAGGCCAGUGCCGAGAAGAUCUUAUACACAUUUGUUCUGCCCGGCUCGGAACGCGAGAUCGUGCUGCCAGACACGAUGCUGAACAAAAUCAUACGCGCCAUUGAGGAGGAGGGACGCGAUGAUCCGGAGGUCUUUGACGAUGCGAAGGACUAUGUCUUCCAGGCUAUGGAACGAGACGCCUUCCCGGGAUUCUUGCAGGCCAAGGCUCUGGGAAAUCUGGUGCCGCUCAGUGUCCUCAUCAGGCUGAUCAUCGGCCUGACGAGCUUGAUGGCUGGCUUCUGGGGCGGAUAUUACAUGAUUCUGCGGAAUGAGUCGAGGAGAACGAGGUGUUGGCUCAUCCUACCGUUUGUCAUCGGCACGUACUUCCUCGUGUCUUACCAAUACAAGCUCGACAUCCUGGCCGCGUACCUGGGCUUCUCCGAGUAUACGUGGAUGAACUGGUCGAGAGUCAAGGAGCCUUUUGUACGUAGGUUGUUGUUGACUCGCGCCACGAUGGCGUUGACGAUGUUCUUGGCCACGGCGGUAGGGUUGAGCGUGUUGUUCAUCUUUGUGCCCGGCACGAACUUUUGA